AUGUCCAAGCCACAAGCAAAAGAUUUGUCCCACCUUUUGAGUGAAGAGGCAAAGUCUCGUAGACUGUCGCCUUUGAAGAGCGCUUUCAAGUACUUCAACCAGCCAGGUAUGACUUACUUGGGUGGAGGUUUACCACUCUCUCAAUACUUCCCAUUUGACAAGAUCUCGGCCGAUAUCCCAACGCAGCCUUUCCCCAACGGAAUUGGUGCUCAGGUCACUGACGCAGACAAGACUGUGUUGGAAAUCUACAAGCUGAAGGCCAAAAAUUCCCCAAACCAGAUUGAGUUGUCCAGAUCGUUGCAAUAUGGUUUCACUGAAGGUCUGCCAGAGAUCUUGGACUUCCUCAAGGAGCAUACUGACCUCAUUCACAAGGUUCCAUAUGAGGAUUGGGCACUUAUCUCGUCCGUUGGUAACACCCAGUCGUGGGAUGCCUGUUUGAGAACUUUCGUCACAAGAGGUGAUGCCAUUUUGGUUGAGGAGCACACUUUCUCGUCCGCUUUGGAGACCGCCCAGGCUCAGGGUAUCAUCACUGUUCCUGUUCCAAUGGACACCGAGGGUAUCAUUCCUGAGGACUUGGAGAAGCUCUUGGACAACUGGGUCGGCCCUAAGCCUAAAAUGUUCUACACUAUUUGUACUGGUCAGAAUCCAACCGGUUCGUGUCUUGAUGCAGAGAGAAGAAAGGCCAUCUAUAAGUUGGCGCAGAAGCACGACUUCAUCAUCAUUGAAGACGAGCCAUACUACUUCUUGCAGAUGGAGCCAUACACCACUGACUUGAAGGAGAGAUCUAGUAAGCACGUCCACAGCCACGAGGAGUUUGUCAAAGCACUUGUGCCAUCAUACCUUUCCAUGGAUGUUGAGGGUAGAGUUAUCAGAUUGGACUCUGUAUCUAAGACCAUCGCACCUGGUUCGAGAUUCGGCUGGAUUGUUGGCCAGGCUAAGUUAUUGGAAAGAUUUGUAAGAUUGCACGAAGUUUCCAUUCAAUGUCCUUCUGGUUUUGCCCAGUCAUUUUUGAAUGGCAUGUUCCAGUCAUGGGGUCAGGCAGGUUACCUUGACUGGUUGAUUGGCUUGAGAGCUGAGUACACCCACAAGAGAGAUGUUGCCAUUGACAGCUUGCACAAGUACUUCCCAAAGGAGGUGGUGACCAUUUUACCUCCUGUGGCUGGUAUGUUCUUCGUCGUGCACCUUGAUGCUUCCAAACACCCUAAGUUCAAGGAGUUUGGCGAGGAUCCAUUGAAGGUGGAGACUGCAGUCUACGAGAGAGCUUUGGAGUUUGGUUCUUUGAUGGUUCCUGGCUCGUGGUUCAAGGCCGAAGGUGUCACCAACCCACCACAGCCUCCUACCCCGGAGAGUGCCGAGCAUGCUCACAGCAUUUUCUUCAGAGGUACCUAUGCUGCCGUUCCUUUGGAUCAGUUGGAGAUUGGUUUGGAAAAGUUCGGCCCUGAACAUAAGUCUGUCGAGUGCUAUGCCAUCAGUGUUAAUAGUGAAGGCACCAAGUUGGCGUCAGGAGGACUUGAUGGAAAAGUGAAAAUCUGGGACUUGAAAUCAAUCAUAGAAUACAAAGUGUUGGAAUCCUCGGAUCUACCGCCUGAGGCUGAUAGCUUCUCGCUACGCAUGGAGGAACCUUCAAAUGUGUUGCAACGUCCAUUGGCAUCUAUGAGCAGACACAAUGGAGCGGUGACAUGUGUAAAAUUCUCGCCAGACGGCCGAUUUUUGGCUUCUGGUUCGGAUGAUAAAAUCGUACUUAUUUGGGAAAAGGAUGAGGAACAGUCUCGAAGACCCAAGCAGUUUGGAGAGGCAGAAGCAGAUCUUGAACAUUGGACGGUUAGAAAAAGAUUGGUAGCUCACGAUAAUGACGUGCAAGACAUGUGCUGGUCUCCGGAUGGGUCUCUUCUCAUCACUGUGGGCUUGGAUCGCUCCAUUAUCAUCUGGAGUGGAACGACUUUCGAGAGAAUUAAACGGUAUGAUAUCCAUCAGUCAAUGGUCAAGGGAAUUGUAUUUGAUCCCGCCAACAAGUUUUUUGCUACUGCUUCUGACGAUAGAAGCGUCCGGAUUUUUCGCUACUACCGCAAGGCAAACGAUUCGACAGGAGGAUAUGAGUUUCAGAUGGAACAGAUCAUCAUGGAUCCAUUCAAGAAGUCGCCUUUGACUUCUUACUUCCGGCGCAUGUCUUGGUCGCCAGAUGGUCAGCAUAUUGCUGUACCAAAUGCCACCAAUGGUCCCGUCACUUCGGUAGUCAUCAUCAACAGAGGUGACUGGGCCCAUGACGUAUCCCUUAUUGGACAUGAGGCUCCUUGUGAGGUUUGCUCAUUUUCCCCACGCUUAUUCCGUUCAGGUUCUUCAACUCAAAAAUUUACUACUAUUCUAGCAUCUGGCGGUCAAGACAGAACAUUGGCUGUGUGGAGUACGACAGCCACCAAGCCUUUGGUUGUAGCAGAAGACAUCGUGGAGAGCUCCAUUACCGACAUAUGCUGGACACCUAGCGGCGAUGCUCUCUUCAUCAGCUCUUUAGAUGGAACUAUUACUUGUGUUAUUUUUGAAAAGAAUGAGCUAGGGGAAGUGGUGAGCGAGGACGUGAAUGACUCUCAAUUACUUAGGUAUGGUGGUGAUAGAGACUCUGCCAUUUUCGCUGAAAGCGUCGACCAACUUAAGUUGGAGAACCUAGCGUCAAAAAAUUCUUUUCAGGAACCUGCUAUUGUCAAGGAAGAGCACUCCGUUAAAACUCCGCCUGUGGGACUAAUUAGGUCUGUCACUCCACAGCCAACAACAUCAUCUGCCCCCACAACCAACCAUUUGACUCCAAAGCAGGUGAAUAAACUCACUCAGAGCGUCAAGAUAACCAAGGAUGGGAAAAAGAGGGUUACUCCCAUUCUUGUCUCAACAUAUUCAGACAAAUCCACAAACGUUCCUUCAGUUGCAAGAGUGAGUAAGUCGUUCCAUAUCAACUCAAAAAUUUCCCAAACUUCCUACUAUCUUCCGAGAUUAGGGCUCCAAACAAGCGUUCACGGACUCCGGCUGCGGGUUCAAAGGGCAGGUUUAGGUAACGAACAAAAGGAGGAUGAUCAGGACAAUGACAAUGAAGAUAUGGGCCUUGACGACCCCACCAACACGCAACUACAAACAUUCUCUACAACCAGCCUCAGAAAGCGCAUUAGAAAAUACAGAAAGUUGUUGAUGGUUCACAAGUAUCCAACACCUUUCAAAAUGAUCUCCUCGCUUCCAGAAGUGUUAUUCAGCAACCACAACGUUAUGAAUUAUGAAUUAUCAAAGCUACUUCAGAACAAGGAGAUCACACCGCUUAACAAUCACGAAAUUCUCAAUGCAACUGCUUUGGAAUCAAUUGAUGAAAAUUUGAUUUUUCAAGUCAUAGUUAAUGCGAUCGAGCAUGUGAAGUCACUGGAGUUUGAAGAAACGGCAUCGGCUCCUGAGCUAGUCACUUCUAUAGUGGAGGUAAGAAAUGGACCAAGUUGGCCGGAUGAAGACGAGACUCUCAGCAUGGACUUUUCUCAAAGGCUUGAUUUUCAAGACCCGACUCAAGUGAUCGUUUCUAAUUCUGAAAAGGAAUCGAGAAAGAGCUACAUUUUGUAUUUCCCCUACAAGAUCCAGCAAGUUGUGCCUGUCAUUCUCGACAAGCAAUUGGUCUACUACAUCUUGAUAUCAUUUGAAGGUACAGUUCAGAUCAUUUUUGCAGAGUCUGGGAACUACUUGCUUCCGGGAAUUGAACUUGGAAGUAACGUUGUUUUCUGCAAGCAAAAGGGAAACUUUGUUCUUUUACUCACAAGCCUGGGUCUUAUCCAUUGCUGGCAUUUUCAGGGGCUGGGGAAUUGCUUCAGGGGCCUCACAUCAGUGUUAAAGGCCGUGUCUAUUGCACCUAUUCUCAAUUGCGAGACCACUAUUGAAGUUCCAAAGGUGGGAGCAACAGAAAAAGAAAAGAAAGCAGCACCAGUACCAAACCACAAGAAAACAUACGAAAAGGACAAAAGGGUCAAUAUUUAUUUGAUGAGAGCAAUGCAGAACUUAAGCUGGUGA